AGCGACUAAAGCAAUCACCUUUUUCUCGCGUACGACACGUCUUUCUUUGCCCUGGCAGGUGGUGGUGGCUUUCCGAAGAUCAUUCCCGGCAUUCCCGGCAUGCCGGUCGGUCAUCGCCGUCUUUCAAACCAAAUUUAAAUAUUUCGGUGACAUCAAUGUAGCUGUGGGACUGGCUGCUGGUGGGGGGUGGGUGGUGGAGGCAGAGAGCAACAAGUGGACCGAUAGCAUAAGUGGUGUCAUGUUCCUGGCACGUAGGGACAACAGGGUCCAACGAACACUGCGAGUGGGAAAAACAGACAUACCUCAGGCUCUCAGGGAGACGGCCGCAGCUAAAAUAGGAAGCGACUGACGGUGCAGAUGGACUGAGGCGAGAUUAAGGCAGGUCUUUCCUCCGUCGGAUCUUCUCCCUCCAAAUUGUGUCAUCUGUGAACAUUGUUAGCACCUGGAACGAUGAGUAAGCAGGCAACUCUGGCCAACUGCAUUGCCAAGAUGUACGAGGGGGGCAAGCUGGACAAUGGUGGGAAGGCCGGACCGGUUCCAGGGGCCAAGAAGCCUGCCAACACCUUGCUCAGCAGCCUGGGUAGCGUGGAGGUCAAGCUGAACCUACUGGAGGCAAAGGUGGAGCAGAUCUCUGACAGUCAGGCGGAGGUGCUGAAGAGACUGGACUUGGUGUGCCGGGGAAUUGGGAGCCUGGAGAGGGAAGUGGUCCGACUGGGGCAGGAGAAGGAGGUGGUGGCUGCCCGGAGGUGCCAGGCAGGCAUUCUAGAUGAGGUCAGGACACUGUGCGGUGAGACGGUAUCGCUGCUCCAGAGCCUCCAGCAAGAGAACCGACAUCAGCGGGAGAAGAUGGAGGGAAUCGGGCGUUCUGUCUCCACCACCGACAAGGUGCUGGCAUACCUGGCCGACAUCUUCCGGAGCUCUCGGAUCGUGGAUUUCAUCCUGAGGGGCUCUGUGCCUCAGAUGGGGGCCACAGAGGAGAAGAAGGACAAAUCGGACGACAAAAGCAUAAAGCCUAAAUUCUCUUUCUGCGAUAAAGGGACCCAGGUCGGGCCAGACACUGAGAAAGCCGCAGAAAAUGCCACCCAGACCCCUAGCGAUGCAGCAGAGAAUAGGAAUGCCACGGAUAUCUCUACUCCUGGCCAGAGUCGGCCCAUGGAGUCGCACCCAUCUACUGCUGCCCGGUCGGACAAGCAGGGUGGCGAUGUGAGUGCGAAGGUGCCCAGGAGGCCCAAGGAGGUCACCCACAAGAGCAGAGAGCCUACGCGAACUCAGACCUUUGCCAAGGAUGCUCUUGAGGAUGUGGAAAGUCUAGAGGUACUUGGCAGAGAUGUUCCGGAGCAGGUCGACGAAGUGGAAGGGGUUUGCGUGGGUGCAGUGGCCAGGCUGGCAGAAAGCGAACCCCAGGAGGCAAAGCCCACAGAGCUAAAGAGUGAGGCCGGCCAGGAUGUCACUGGCUUAGACGUCCAGGAGGUGCCAGUUCCAGAGCUGGUGGUGGCUGCUGAGUGCAGGGAUCUGUCCUCAGCCCCAUCCCAGGGGCAGCAGGACACGACCCUCAGCCCUGCAGCCACAUCUGCGAGCCCUGCAGAGGACCUUGUCAUUUCGGAGAUGCCAGAAGUCAGUGGGGGCAGCACCGGGACGGAAAGCCAGUUGGAUCUGGAGCCCAAGCUAGAGGUCAUCCUGCAACCUUCCCAGGCUGACCAGACUGAACAGGUCCCCCCAGCCCCCACUGUCACCAAGCAGAUGCAGCCAGAAGUAUCACAGAAGGAUCUCGAGGUCUCGAGCACCAGGCAGCUGAGCCCGACAACGGGCGCUGUGAAGAGGAAGAUUCCAGAAUCACAUCUUAUCAUUGACGACUGCCCCCCGCAGCCGGCCCCGUUCGAGCACCGCAUCGUCAGUGCCAAGCAGGUGCCCAUGGGCACAUAUUACGCCGUCAAGACCAACGAAGUCUUGGGAGGGGGUCGGUUUGGCCAGGUCCACAAGUGUGCCGAGCUCUCGUCGGGACUGACGCUGGCAGCCAAGAUUAUAAAAGUAAAGGGAAUGAAGAACAGGGAUGAAGUGAAGAAUGAAAUCGGGGUCAUGAACCAGCUGAAUCAUGUCAACCUGAUCCAGCUCUACGACGCAUUUGAGUCCCGAACCAAUCUGACUCUCAUCAUGGAGUAUGUGGAAGGUGGUGAGCUGUUUGAUCGCAUCGUUGAUGAGAAUUACCAGCUGACGGAGCUGGACGCCAUCGUGUUCACCCGGCAGAUCUGCGAGGGCGUGCAGUACCUUCAUCAGCAGUACAUCCUCCACUUAGAUCUCAAGCCAGAAAACAUUUUGUGUGUGAGUGCCACAGGAAAUCAGAUAAAGAUCAUUGACUUCGGACUUGCCAGAAAGUACCGGCCGCGGGAGAAGCUCAAGGUUAACUUCGGCACGCCAGAAUUCCUGGCCCCUGAAGUGGUCAAUUACGAUUUUGUCUCCUUUCCCACAGACAUGUGGAGUGUAGGAGUCAUCACGUACAUGCUCCUCAGCGGUCUGUCACCGUUCCUCGGGGACAACGACACGGAGACCAUGAACAACAUUUUACACUCCAACUGGGACUUUGACGCUGAUGCUUUCGAGAACAUCUCAGAGGAGGCCAAAGAUUUCAUUUCUAGACUGCUGAUCUCUGAGAAAUGCGGGCGUCUCAGUGCCUCAGGCUGCAUGAAGCACAGUUGGCUGAACAACCUGGAAGAAAAGGCGAGGAUGAAGAGGGUCCGGCUGAAAUCCCACCUCUACCUGCAGUGCUACCUGGCCGCUCACCGUCAGUGGAAGAAACAUUUCUACGCAGUCGCCGCCGCCAACCGGCUUAAGAGGAUGCACAGCCUUCGGUCCAUGAAUCCGGCAUAGUGCUGCACCCCCCCCCACCGUACGGAUCAACACAAGACAGACAUUGUACUUCUUUCCCAAGUUUACAACCUUACUACAAAUUUUGAUGUAAAAAAAGUAAAUAACAGGCUAUUUUCAACUCACCGUUGCACAGUCUAUCUGAGCACAUUGGAAUCAAGCACAUUGCAAUUUUUCUCUUACACAGGGUUUUUUAGUGUAUUGAUAUUUAAUUUCAAGUGUGUUAUUUAAAUGAAGUUUUAAUGCUUCGUACUGCUGUGAAAUCAGUCAUAUCCUGAUGUUAAUUUUUUUUGCCAUUUUGCACAGGUAUGUGUGUUUUCAUAGAGAUGGAAUUCAUUUUGAUAGAUCUAUGAUAUUUAUGACACAGUAGUGCUUGUAACAGAGGAAUUCAUUGUAAUUGCCACUAACGAGGACACUGUUAGGUUUAAAUUUGCAUUUAAAAUAGCAAGGGCCUCCCUCUCGUUCCUUCUGUGAAGGUCGCUUUAAUGUAGCUCUAACCCACCUUGAAGCAACUUCAUUACAGUGUGUCUCUUUUACAGAUU